GGCCCCGCACCCACAUUCUGUCCUUUUACCGCGCCCUCAUACUCAGAAAAUCAUUGAGGAUGCUGGCCAUUGCUCGCUCUCAGGCUGCUCGCGGAAGCUUCGCCCUCCGUGCUGCUAGCGUGUCCACCUGGUCCCAUGUGCCCGCGGGUCCCCCCGAUCCUAUUCUUGGUGUCUCUGAGGCUUUCAAGGCCGACAAGGACGCUAGAAAAAUCAACCUUGGCGUGGGCGCGUACAGGGAUGGCAAUGGCAAGCCCUACGUCCUCAGUGCUGUCAAGAAGGCCGAAGAGGCUCUUCGUGCAGCCAAUCCUGACAAGGAGUACCUCCCCAUUACCGGUCUUGCCGACUUCACCAAGAAUGCAGCCAAGCUGGCCUACGGCGAUGACAGCGCCCCGCUGAAGGAGAACUCCAUUGCCAUCACUCAGUCCAUCUCCGGUACCGGUGCUCUUCGCAUUGGCGGUGCCUUCCUUGCGCGCUUCUACCCUCAUUCGAAGAUCAUCUACCUCCCCGUUCCUUCGUGGGGUAAUCACACUCCCAUCUUCCGUGACUCUGGGCUCGAAGUGCGCGGCUACAGGUACUUUGACAAGUCCACUGUUGGCUUGGACUUUGCAGGUUUGAAGGAGGAUUUAAAGAACGCUCCCGAAAAGUCCAUUGUUCUCCUCCAUGCUUGCGCGCACAACCCUACAGGUAUAGACCCCACCGCCGAACAGUGGGCUGAGAUAUCGGACAUUGUCAAGGAGAAGCAGCUUUUCCCCUUCUUCGACAUGGCUUACCAAGGAUUCGCGUCUGGCUCUACGACUCGUGAUGCCUUUGCCGUGCGUCACUUCGUGUCACAGGGCCACCAGGUCGCGCUGUCGCAGUCGUUCGCGAAGAACAUGGGCCUCUACGGCGAGCGCGUCGGCGCGUUCUCUCUGACGACUGCCUCGCCUGAGGAGAAGGCACGCGUCGACAGCCAGCUGAAGAUUGUCAUCCGUCCCAUGUACUCGAACCCCCCGCUUCACGGCGCGCGCAUUGCCAACACGAUCCUGAGCAAGCCGGAGCUGUAUACCGAGUGGGAGUCGGAGGUGAAGGGAAUGGCCGACCGCAUCAUCAGCAUGCGUGCGCGCCUGUACGACGCGCUGACCCACACGCACAAGACUCCUGGGGAGUGGGGCCACAUCAAGUCGCAGAUUGGCAUGUUUAGCUUCACCGGACUGUCGCCUCCGCAGACGAAGGCAUUGGCUGAGAAGGCCCACAUCUACAUGACCGCGGACGGGCGUAUUUCGAUGGCGGGACUGAACGCGAACAACAUCGACUACUUUGCGGAGAGCGUCGACAAGGCCGUCAAGGGUACACUUUGAGGAAGGCCGAUUGUGGUAAUAGCGUUGACUAUUCGGGACUGUCUGUAGACGACCAUAUAAUUCUAUUUUGGACUUGUGUGGCGGAUCUCUGAAUACGAUCUUCGUGCAUUCCUUUUCCGUUC